ACGUAAUAAUAUUCUUUCGAUUCUGAUCUCCGUUCUUUCGUGCCUGCUCGUGCCAAUGCCUACAACACUCAUCGAAGACCUGCAUGCCUCAGUCGAGGCUCAUAAUGAUACCUUCGAGGCUUUACUAAACUUGAUACCCGCCAAGUACUACCUGGCGAAAGAUGAUCAUGAUGCAGACAACCAUGAUGCGCGUCGAACAGAUUCCGUCCAAGUAUCAAAAAACACACUGGACCCAGCCAAUCAAAAGUCGGUCAUUGACCUUCAGAAUGAAGCUGCUCUUGAGCUGGAAAAAACCAACUCGAAAGUCAAGGGGAAACGGAAAGCUGCGGUGAUCGGGUCCGAUUCUGAUGCCGACGACGACGAUAUGCAAGUGGAUGAUGUGGAUCUCAGCGAUGCCGUUGUGACUGCCCCACUCGACUCCAUAGUGCCCAUGGCUACACCAGAGAGCAUCGCUGCUCUCCGAGAUAAACUGCAUUUGCGCAUGGCAGCUCUCCGACGUGGUGGACAAAGUGGCGGAGAACCGGGAGACAAAGAUGAGCUUUUGGAGGAACGGAGAAGGCAACGUGCCGCGCUUCGUGAAAAAAGACGAAAAGAGACAAGAGAGAGGCGCAAGGCAGAGGCUGAAGGCAAAAAGGGAAGCAAGAAGGAAGCGACGAAGGGUCUUCCUGUCAAGAAUCAGCUACUUGUUCCGGACUUGCCGGUCGCUUCAAAAGGAACUGCGGCAUCUCGUCUUAACGACGGACCCUUGACUAAUGUAUCUUUUUCUGUGGUGGCUGGGAGUUCGAGCAAAAAGGCCGCAUCACUCAAGACGUCUUCCAAUCCCAAUCAAGCUUUGUCGCAGCUCGCUGCGCGGAAGGAAAAAUUGGAUUCGAUGCCGGAGGACAAACGCAAAGCUAUAGAAGAUAAGAGUCGCUGGGCAAAAGCGGAGGCGCGUCUUGAAGGCGUCAAGGUCAAGGAUGAUGAAGUGCGCCUCAAGAAAGCAGUAAAACGGAAAGAAAAGGAGAAAGCGAAGAGUAAGAAGUCCUGGGAGGAGAGGAAAGACCAACUCACAGCUUCCAUGGCUGCAAAGCAGAAGAAACGUUCAGAUAACAUCGCGAUGCGAAACGAGCGACGGAGCGAUAAACGAAAGUCUUCGUCGUCAAAGGGGAAAGCUAAAGCUCGACCUGGUUUUGAGGGCAAGACUUUCCAUAAGGGUAAAGGGAAAGCUACGGGCAAGCACAAGUAGCGUAGGUAUUGUAGCCUUGAUGUAUGGUUAGGGUUAAUUUCAUUUCAAGUGGGUCAUUCAACUGGA